UCUCCUCAUUGGCUCUGCGGCUGUAACCUCACCCAUUUCUUGUUGGAUUUACGACGAUAGAUUUCUUCCAACUCACAAAACGCCAGCCACAAGUGGUCAAAACUACCUGAUCGAGACUUUUUGUCCCUUCGGUAAACUCCAUCUGUUACCCCGAUUAUUGUCUAAAACCAAAAAAGGAACGGUUUAAAAGUAGCCUUGUCAGAAGCCGAGCAGAGAAACCAACACCAGGACAGCUGGAAACUCUACUCGUGUGUGGGACUGUGCUGUCAGCAUGACGGAGAAGUCCUCACUGGAUUGCCCUGAGGACAGAUCCUGGCUGGGGGAGGGUCAGUCUGAAACUCAGCUGACAAGCGUCCCUGGUCCUGAUGGAGUUGAGACAAACGAUGACCGGCCGGCCUGGGACUCUAAGAUCCAGUACGUGUUGGCUCAGGUGGGGUUCAGUGUGGGAUUAGGCAAUGUGUGGAGGUUUCCGUAUCUUUGCCACCAAAAUGGAGGAGGGGCCUUCAUGCUGCUAUAUGUUUUUCUUUUACUCAUUGUUGGAGUUCCUCUGUUUUUUAUGGAGCUGGCUGCAGGCCAAAGCAUCCGACAGGGCAGCAUCGGAGUGUGGAAGCACAUCUCCCCAAAGCUGGCGGGGAUAGGCUACUCUAGCUGCAUGGUCUGCUUUUACGUUGCUCUUUACUACAAUGUCAUCAUUGCAUGGAGCCUCUUCUACAUGGGGAAUUCUUUUCAGUAUCCUCUGCCGUGGCAGCAGUGUCCAACUGAUGUGACCACUAAUGACACAGUGAAAGAAUGUGCAAGUAGCUCCCCGACGUCGUUCUUCUGGUUUCGGAAAGCUCUCAACAUCACAAACUCCAUCGAAGAAUCUGGAGAGUUUAACGCCAUCAUGACAGGAUGUUUAUUGGCCGCUUGGUCCAUCGUCUCAUUGGCUAUGAUCAAAGGCAUCAAGUCUUCUGCAAAGGUGAUGUACUUUUCCUCAGUUUUUCCCUAUGUGGUCCUUUUUAUUUUCCUCAUCCGGGGGUUGAUGUUGGAUGGAGCCAUAGAAGGAAUCACCUACAUGUUUUAUCCAAAACUGGCGAUCUGGGGGAAUGUGCAGGUGUGGCGGCAGGCAGCCACUCAGGUGUUUUUCGCCCUCGGUUUGGGGUACGGCUCAGUCAUCGCAUAUUCCUCCUACAAUCCAGUACACAACAACUGCCACAGGGACGCGCUGAUGGUGUCCGGGAUCAACUUCAUGACAUCCGUGUUGGCCUCUCUGGUGGUUUUCGUUGUGCUCGGUUUCCGUGCUAAGAACAUCGCACUGCGCUGCGUGGCUAAGAAUCUCGGUCUGUUAAACCUCAUGGCGUCCUCCAAUGACUCCAGCCAGCACUGGUGGCCCUGGUUCAACAUGACGGAUCCUGACUCUGUGUCUAUUCCUGAAUACAGAGUGUACAGUCACUACAGCUCCAUGGUGGGCCCUAAAAUCACUGACUGCAACCUGGAAGAGGAGAUGAAUAAGGGUGUUGAAGGGACGGUGGCAUUCAUAGCAUUCACUGAGGUAAUGGCGCUCUUCCCAGCCAGCCCCUUCUGGUCCACACUGUUCUUCCUGAUGCUGCUCAACCUGGGCCUCAGCACUAUGUUCGGGACCAUGCAGGGAAUCCUCACACCUCUCAUGGAAUUUAGCCUCUUGGGACGCCACAGGACCAUCCUCACCGGCAAGUCAGACACUUCUGUGCUUGGGUUUGUAAUUGGAUUAUUGUUCACCCAACGCUCUGGCAACUAUUUUGUCACGAUGUUUGAUGACUACUCUGCGACCCUACCGUUAGUCAUUGUGGUCAUUUGAACCAUCAGUGUGGCGUGGGUUUACGGAACAGAUCGCUUCCUGGAUGAUAUUGAAGUAAUGCUCAAAUGGCGCCCUCCAGUGGUGUACAAGUAUCUGUGGAAAUAUGUCUGUUUACUGGCCAUGGUUGGACUCCUGGUUGCCAGUUUUCUGCGGAUGGUCUUCAAAAGACCCACGUACACCGCCUGGAAUCAAGAGCACAGUACGAUAUUAGCACUAGAGUAUCCCAGCUGGGCCCUGGUGAUGAUCGUCAUGCUCAUACUCUUGGCUAGCCUGCCUGUUCCUAUCGGCUACAUCCAUUCCAUGUUGAAGAACCGCCGGGUCCGUCAUUCUCCCUCCGUGGAGGCCGGCAUUGGCCAGGAGUUGCACCGUGAGCUGUACACCAAGUGCAGCUCCACGGACCAGCUGGACUCCACUUCUCACCGAGCCCCAACCGAGGAAGACAGGGUUCAUCCCAGACCGGCCUUCCUGCUGAUGGCUGGCGAACACUACCGGCUCCUGCCCCAGCAGGAGGAGGAGGAGGAGGAGGAGGAGGAGGAUACAGGACUGUGAGCAAGCUGUUUGUGAAAAGACAAAAUUCUGAACCUCUGAGUAUGCAAGAAAGACAUCACAGCAUUAUUCUUUGGGUUGUUUUCCAUCUUUAUACUCUGUAAACUGUUAACAAACCAAAGUUAUUUGAACUAUUUAUAUUGUUGAUGGUGCCUUACCAGUCAAAAUCAACUCCCCUGUAUUCAUUUUCUGAACCACCGAUGCUGUUCAGAGGAUUAAAAACUCUUUCAAUGACACGAAGGUAAAAAGGCUGCUGAAUUUGGUGAAAGUGAUAGUUGGUGGAAGGUUUUACAGCCGUAUACUGACCAGUGAACGUAAGUUUGUGCAGCCUGACUACAUGCAGGAGUCAUAACUGAAUUGUGGAUUGCAGCGACUGACAAAAUCCGCUUUAUUUUUAGCUACAUGACAAGUAUGGAUCUGUAUGCAAACAUUCUACCUGGAGAAACUGUGAUGUGUCUGUACACCUGUCUGUGUGUGCGUGAGUGAGAGUGUGUUACUGUCGGUGAAAUGAGAAAUGUUCAUGUUAUUUUUUAUUUGUGUAAAUUUACCUCAUAAGAUCACAGCAAUGUUUUUACAUGUGUUCACACAAAGUGCUCAGUGUAGCAGUGUUGCACUGUACUAGAUCGAAACUUAAAUAAACCUCUAGAUGGCAGCAAACUGACUCACUUUUAUUGAUUCACACACUCAAUCCUGAAGCUGCUGACACCUUUAAAAACUUCAUAUUCAUCUUUGUGGUGAUUUUUUAAUGUUUUCUUUGGUUUAAAAAAUGGUUAAAUAAAUACAUUUUUGGGGGUUUUCUUCAUAAACGAUGUUAUAAUUUCAAGGUUAUUGACUGAAUUUGCUAAAGAGCUUACAAGAGAUAAGAAUAAGAUGGUUUAAAUAAAUAUUUUAGGGAGAACAGAGUAGCAGCUUACUAAUUCAUGACUCUAUACUCUCAAGCUGAUACUUAGGUUACACCUUAGGCACUGAAAUACAUGACUAAAUAUUUAAGUAGAUUCAAUACUUUCACUAUAUCUAAAGAACUUUGCUGCAAGGUUGAAUUUUGAGAAAGUAAAGUACAUAAAAUAAAAGUGACACUUUUUACUGGAGCUGAGUCUGCUAGACACCAACUUAAAGGGAAGUUCUAUAAUCUUUAGAAGCCAAUAAGAUGGAAAAUCAGCAUCUUAGUAAUUUAAACGGUUUCAAGUCAUUUUCUUUGACAUUUUCACAAAGCAAGGCUGCUCAGUUUUGUAAUCAUACAUUUUGGUGGGAUAAUAAAUUAAGAUAUUUUUGCUGUCAGAACAGGUGCAGCACAUCUACAAUUAUAUAUAAUUUAUGUGAUUAUAUGCAUAUAUUUGUGGUAAGUAAGAUCUUGGUUGGUGUCAAUUUCUGAAAUGUUGGAUGUCUAAUUUGUGA